CUCUCGCCUCCCAAGAGCCCUCGCCGCCUACUAAAAAUAAUAUUAAGGCCACUGCUCGUGCUCUCGACCCCUGUUCCUCUCCCCACUCGCACCAUUUCUCGGCUUCCUCUGAUUUCUUUUAUUCUGAUAAGUUGUCUGUGCUUGGGGAAGCAUCAAUCAAGGGCUUGAUCUGGUGGGAGAACCAUGAUGGAAGGGGUGGUAGUCGCCAUGCCGAACGGGGUGAAAGCGGAAGUCGCCCCCGCCGCUGCCACGGCAGAUUCUCCUAAAUCCGUUCUGGAGGACGAGAAAAUUUCUGACCCCAACAACGGGAACGCCUCCAUUGCCACUGAGCCAACUAAGCAAGUGGAGGAGAGCUCGGAUGAUUUUGUGGAUGCAAGCUCGUCCCUGCCUGUUGACCUUGAAAUUGAUAGUGCUAGUGUGCACCCUGUUAAGAAGGAAGAGCAGCUUCUGGAGCCCGUCAGGGAGGAGGAAGUUGAUGGUUUCGUUGAUGAAAGUAUAUCUAUGCCUAUUGACCUUGAGGCCAAGAAUGGCGAUGCAUCCCUGAUCACAGAAGCAAUGAAGAAGGAAGAGGAGCAGCUUGAGGAGGCGCGGGUUAAGGCAGAGGAAGAAGAGGAAACCAGGAAGAGGGAAGAAGCUGCAAGACUUGCUUUUGAUCCUGAGACACGGUAUAGCAAGUUAGAUGAGUUGCUGACGAAGACACAGCUCUUUUCGGAGUUUUUACUUCAGAAAAUGGAUCAAAUCGCUGAUGAAGUUGUUGAACCUCAAGCUGAAGAGCCACCAGCAGCAGAAAAGAAGAAAGGACGUGGCCGGAAGAGGAAAGCUAAAGCUGUGCCCCAAUACAAUGAUAAAAAGGCUAAGACGGCAGUGGCAGCCAUGCUUACAAGAUCUCGUGAAGAACGCCUUGCUAACGAUUGUACUCUCCCAGAAGAAGAAAGGUGGAAAAAUGAGCAAGCCAAUCUUGUGCCUUUAAUGACUGGUGGGAAGUUGAAGUCAUACCAGAUAAAGGGUGUGAAGUGGCUAAUUUCAUUGUGGCAGAAUGGGCUCAAUGGGAUACUGGCUGACCAGAUGGGCCUUGGGAAAACAAUCCAAACAAUUGGAUUUCUUGCUCAUCUGAAAGGGAAAGGAAUGCACGGUCCAUACAUGGUAAUCGCUCCUUUGUCCACUCUCUCAAACUGGGUCAAUGAGAUCUCAAGGUUUGUUCCAUCUGUUACUAGUAUCAUUUAUCAUGGAGAUAAAGUGGCCAGGGCUGAGAUAAGAAGAAAAUUCAUGCCUAAAACGAAAGAUGCUGUUAGCCCUGAUUUUCCGAUAGUAGUGACUUCAUAUGAGAUGGCCAUGUCAGAUGCGAUAUUUCUUGCUCACUAUAAGUGGAAGUAUGUUGUUGUGGAUGAGGGGCAUCGUUUGAAAAAUUCUAAGUGUAAAUUGUUAAGGGAGAUAAAGCGCAUUCCGAUGGAUAAUAAGCUCCUUUUGACUGGGACACCCCUUCAGAACAAUCUUGCAGAGCUGUGGUCCCUCCUGAACUUCAUUUUGCCUGAUAUAUUCUCAUCACACCAGGAAUUUGAAUCAUGGUUUGAUUUUUCUGGAAAAGCAAGUGAAGAAAAAGAACCUGAGGAGAAUAGGAGGGUUCAUGUUGUUUCAAAGCUUCAUGCCAUUUUGCGUCCAUUCCUUCUUAGGCGGAUGAAAGAGGAUGUAGAGCAGAUGCUUCCACGAAAGAAAGAGAUAAUCAUUUAUGCUAACAUGACCGAACUUCAGAAGCGAAUCCAGGAUCACUUAGUUGAGAAAACAUUUGAUGUCUACUUGAACAAAGAAACAGAUAUUGUGUUGAGGAGACCUGGCAUUAAGGCAAAGCUAAAUAGUCUCUUUAUUCAACUAAGGAAGAAUUGCAGUCAUCCUGAUCUUUUGGAAGCUGCAUUUGGAACAACAAGCCUGUAUCCACCUGUUGAUAAGCUUCUAGAGCAAUGUGGCAAAUUUCAGCUUCUGGACAGAUUACUAACUAAGCUACUCGCACGAAAGCACAAGGUUCUAAUAUUUUCACAAUGGACAAAAGUUUUGGACAUUAUUGAGUAUUACCUAGAUUCAAAAGGCCUCGACGUUUGCAGAAUUGAUGGUGGUGUUAAGUUAGAAGAGAGAAGGAGGCAGAUAGCAGAAUUUAAUGACUUGAAUAGCAAUCUGAACGUCUUUAUUCUGAGCACACGGGCUGGUGGGCUUGGUAUCAACCUUACUUCUGCUGAUACUUGUAUCUUAUAUGACAGCGACUGGAAUCCUCAGAUGGAUCUUCAGGCCAUGGAUAGAUGCCACCGGAUUGGUCAGACACGCCCAGUGCAUGUUUAUAGGCUGGCAACAUCACAUUCUGUUGAGGUACUUUUCAAUGAUCUGUAUCUUCAGAUUAGUUGCUUGGGCCUACUCUUAGGUUUACUCAGCUUUUCAUCAUUGCAGGGGCGGAUCAUCAAGAAAGCUUUUGGGAAGUUGAAACUGGAGCACGUGGUGAUAGGGAGGGGACAGUUUGAACAAGAGAGAGCAAAGCCUAACGUCUUAGAGGAAGGGGAGCUGCUGGCGCUGCUCAGGGACGAGCAGGCCGAGGAAGACAAGAUGAUCCAGACUGACAUCAGCAACGAAGAUCUCUUGAAGCUGAUGGACCGGAGCGACCUGUCUGGGCCGCCUGGUGCUGCCGACGCCGCACCACUGAUCCCUCUGAAAGGCCCUGGCUGGGAGGUCGUGGUGCCCACGAAGAGUGGAGGCAUGCUCGCGGCGCUCACCAGCUGAGCGCCGGCGCUGUGUUUUGGCUGCAUGUCAGGCGAUAUUUUGCACAGAUGCCCUGGAAAACACUGUUGAACGGGGUGUUGCGCCUGCAGCAAGUAGAGUAGGCGAUGUUGUGAUACUAUAAGCCCCUGGAAAGCCGCGUUGUGACGUGAGCUGUGUGCGGUUCUGUUGCUGCAUUUGCUGGUGGAGCCUGUAGCCCUCGAAAACAGGUUUGGACGCCUGAACAAGGUUGUGGGUUGGGGCGUGUAAACUGUAGUAAUGCCUAAGAGCACUGAAAUUCGGUGGCUCUUUUGAAUUCACUUGCUAAUGCCACGAAUUUGAAAGCCAGGGCGCAUUGCUACAAGGCUGGGAAA